UCAGCUUUGUCCCCGAUGCCCACGCUGAUCUUGUCUGUCUGCUGCGAAACUACUCGGAAGAUCCCACUGGGAUGGAGCGUGCUGAAAAAUUGUGAGUUCAAGGGACCCGGACUGUACCUUAUUGGAUCGUAUAAUGAUGGACAAGCUGUACCGACUCUAUGCGAACUGUCGGCCCGAUGUGUCGCCUCGCACAUCCCCUUCGAGCUGGUGGAACACGUUUACCCACCGGUACCGGAACAACUACAACUCAGGAUAGCCUUCUGGAGUUUUCCCGACAAUGAAGAAGACAUCCGGUUGUAUUCGUGUCUGGCGAACGGAAGCGCCGACGAGUUCCAGCGCGGAGAACAUCUCUUCCGUUCCAGGAGUGUCAAGGAUCCCUUGCAAAUCGGCUUCCAUUUGAGUGCUAGCGUGAAUAUGCAUAUGCUGCCAACUUCUAAUGGAACCAGGGCCCAAUACAAUGUCGCGGUUACGUUCGAUCGGCGUCGGAUCACAUCCUGCAACUGCACGUGCACAUCCACUGCGUAUUGGUGUUCUCAUGUGGUGGCCGUUUGCCUGCACAGGAUACACAUGCCAACACACGUAUGCCUGAGAGCACCGGUCAGCGAGUCCUUGUCAAGACUUCAUCGGGAGCAGCUGCAAAAAUUUGCUCAGUACCUCAUUAGCGAACUCCCCCAACAAAUUUUGCCUACCGCCCAACGUCUCCUGGACGAGCUACUAUCUGCUCAGCCUAGUGCUAUCAACAGCUACUGUGGGGCGCCUGACCCCACUGCCGGUGCAUCUGCACACGAUCAGACCUCAUGGUACUUGGACGAAAAGACGCUGCACGAUAACAUCAAGAAGAUCCUGGUUAAGUUCUGUGUGCCGGCUCCCAUAGUUUUCAGUGAUGUAAAUUACCUGAGCACUACGGCACCACCGGCGGCCGCUGAAUGGUCGUCGCUCCUGAGGCCUUUGAGAGGCAGAGAACCUGAAGGUAUGUGGAAUCUUCUCUCGAUCGUCAGAGAGAUGUUCAAGAGGACGGAUAGGAACGCCAUUCCUCUUCUGGAGAUCAUCACGGAGGAGUGUAUGGCCUGCGAGCAGAUUCUUGUCUGGUGGUUUAACACCAAGGUGGCUCUUCUUAACGGUACCGGUCAUGGUGGUGGUAAACAUGGAAAUAUGAACAGCAAUGCUCACGCGUCUCAGCAUGCUUGUUCAUCCUUGUGCGAUGAGAUCGUUGUUCUGUGGAGAUUGGCUGCACUGAAUCCAGGUCUUUCCCCAUCCGAGAGAGAAAUUCUUCACGGUCAAUUCACAGCUUGGCAUAUGAAGAUCAUCGACAAGGUCACCAAAAGUCGUGGCAGUUCAGUUUCACAUAAUUUACACAACAGGAAUAACAGCGGUAGUCAGAAUUCUCUGAAAACAGACCUCGAAGUGUUCACUGGAUUCAAAUCGGCUCUUGAAGCAUGUUAUCUAGAUUGGGAGGAGUAUACUCUGCCAGGAAUUACUUAUACUGCCGGAAGCAAUCCCAUGUAUCACUGUCCGUUCACGUGCUUUAGGCAUGCCGGGGAUGCUAGGACCGAAGUGAAUCAAGUCAAUUCGAGCCCGGCUGUAUUAAACUGCCAACCGCCAACCUCUCAUCAUCAUGGCAGACGACCCCUCAGUUUGGGUCUUGUCGAAUUUAGCUAUAUGGACAGACGUAGGUUGAAUCCUCGAGAAUUCCCGGGUCUCUGCUCUAGAAAUGGCGGCGACGGCAAUCGAAGCAGCGUCAGCUCUGAGGGUUUCUGUGAAAAUGACGUCGAUAUGCCCGACAUUCCAGAGCCCCAGGUCGUCCUUGUAAGAAGAGGCUGCGGACAAUUAAACAAUUGUGGGGAUACUGAUUCCCAGGAGGGUGGUGGAAGCGAGUCAUCUUCCAACAGCAACGUUAGUCUCAAGAACGCUCAAGACUCGGACAAGCACCGCUCAAAUGCCUCGUCCGAGACACAUAGUGAUAGUAGUGAUAGUUGUAAUAACAAAGGAGCCGAAGUGAAGUGUAGGACGAGUUUAGUCGAAUAUCGUGAUCCUGUAGCCUCCACUUCGAGAGCAGCGGGCUUGUCGAAACCUAGUGCAAAGAGUGAGCAGGAGUCUGAUCUUGAGAAAGAUCCAUCUAGGAGACCGUCUAAGGAUGAGAGCUCGUCAUCGAGUACUGAUAGCCGAUCCGGAGACGAGUAUAAUGUUUAUUACUAUGAUCCUAAAGCGGCUGUUAGCAAUGGGGGUGUCAGUAACAAGGACUCAAAGAGCGAAUCGCUCGCGGCUACUGCUGCAAAUGCCAGCGCGGUUCUUGGUAAUUUGAAGAAAACCGAGGACCCUUGGGAUAUCCUGUUCGCUAGGGCUGAAGGACUUUAUGCUCAUGGUCAUACUAGAGAGGCUUGUAUUCUUGGGAUUCAACUAGCGGAGGAGUUACUUGCUAAUCCGCCUGAUCUCAUGAUCGAAGUGCCUCCAAUGCCAGUAAAAGGGAAAAGAAAAAAGCAACAAGUGAAUCCGGCAUCCCAUCAGCUAACGUGUUUAGCUUCUGCCACUUUAGCUAAGUGUGGGUUCCUGUGCACAGUUCUUGCGGAGAAUCCGGAACAUCAUAACCUGGCAUUUAGAGUGGGUUUAUUCGGUUUGGAAAUGGCCAGACCACCAGCUAGCACGAAGCCACUAGAGGUCAAGUUGGCUCACCAAGAGAGCGAAUUGGUAGGACUGUUGAAACGAAUACCCCUAGGGCCUGCUGAACUAGCUAUGGUUAAACAAAGAGCUGAACAACUUAAGGAUGGAGUUCUGAGGUCAAGAGGCCAUGCCCUUCUACCUAUUAUGCUGGCAAGCUUCAUAUUUGACGCUCUCAAUACACCAAGACUGAAACUGCCCACAGACGUUGACGAGAACCUUGGAUUCGAUGCGGCUGUCGCAGCUCUGGGAUUGAAGGCGAAUGUUAGCGAAGCUGAUCAUCCUCUUCUGUGCGAAGGAACACGAAGGCAGAGGGGAGAUCUGGCCAUUACCCUCCUCGUACACUACAAGGACGAGCCAAUGAAGGUCGCACGUAUAAUGGACAAGCUAUUAGAUCGCGACGUUCACCAAUUGAUAAAAUCACCGAUACUUAGCAGCUAUUACAGUUCGAAUCCUCCCACCAAAAGCCAGUUGGCAGGUUUCCGCCGUGAGAAAGCAUGCUCCUCGCCCCUUACGGGAACAGAAGCAGGUGGGAAUGGCGACAGUGUUGCUGGUGCAAGUAGCAGACCACACAGUAGCACCAGUGCGGAGCUUGAGAACGGUAUAAAUGCAUUGACUGUACAACCUCAACCGGCGCAGCAACCUGUACCUACCAGAACUAAGGAAACAAGGUAUAAGAGUAAAAGAGUGUAUCCGUCGAUUCCUAACCAACCUUCUGAAGCUGGUGCGCACUUCAUGUGUGAACUUGCCAAAACUGUUUUGGCCAAAGCUGGUGGAAAUAGCUCGACCUCGUUAUUCACACAAGCUUCUACCAGUCAGAAUCAUCAUGGACCCCACAGAGCGCUUCAUAUGUGUGCCUUUCAACUUGGUCUAUAUGCUCUGGGGCUUCAUAACUGUGUCAGUCCCAAUUGGUUAAGUCGAACUUACUCGAGCCAUGUCUCAUGGAUAACUGGUCAAGCCAUGGAAAUUGGAGCACCGGCGAUUUGGUUCCUUAUUGAUAGUUGGGAGGGUCAUCUCACACCACCAGAAGCUGUGAGCAUUGCCGAUAAGUCAUCUAGGGGCAGUGAUCCGAAUAUGGUCAGGGCAGCUGCUGAACUUGCACUUUCGUGUUUACCGCACGCACACGCUCUGAAUCCCAAUGAAAUACAAAGAGCAAUUUUACAAUGUAAGGAACAAAGUGAUCUUAUGUUGGAAAAAGCCUGCAUAACGGUAGAAACUACUGCAAAGGGCGGUGGAGUUUACCCGGAAGUCCUCUUCCAAGUAGCCAAGUACUGGUACGAAUUGUACUUGAGGCAUACACCUGGCGGAGAACAACAAGAUGAAAUACCCCACGAUCCUUUACAAUUGGAUCCCAAUGGAGCGCUUUUGGUAGAACCUGGACCACCUGUGGAUAUGACUGCUGGCCAAAUGAUACCAGGAGCAACUCAGGCAGUUGUUGUCACUAGCACACAACCACCUCCACAACCUUAUCCACCUCAUCCUACGAUCAAUACACUGGCGCCGCUAGGUAUUGGAAUGCCAUAUACAGUCGGUCCAUACAGCUUCGUUCAUCCUCAUCAUCCAAUCCCGGCAUUUGGUACACCCAUGCCACCACAUAGAGUAACACUACCUCCGCCACCACCUCACAUGCAAAUGUACCAUCCAGCAUUCCCACCUCAUCCUGGACAUCCUCAACAUCCUCAGCAUCCUCAUCAUGCACCUCCAGCAACUCAACCUCCACCAGUACCACAAUACUAUGCACCACAACCCACUGUCACUACAGUGAACGUACAUCCACCUCCAGGAACACAUCAUAUGUUUACCAUACAGCAGCCUAUGCCGGUUACCGUUCAAGCAGGCAUGACUGGACCUAUUCCUGGCCAAAAUGGUCUACCGGGACCUGCGCUUGUUCAAGCGCAACCAAUCAUAUCGGCGGUCAGAGCUCAACCCCAGGUCCAUAGACAGAGUCAACCAUUUAGCCCCCAACAACUUCGAGCACUCGUUGCUGCUUAUCGGGUUGGUAUGCUUGCGUUGGAAACUUUAGCGCGCAGGGUACACGAUGAUAGACCUCAAGCUAAGUACGCACGGAACCCGCCUUAUGGAGAGGACGUCAAGUGGCUACUGAGAGUUUCAAAACGGCUUGGCACUCAGUAUCUACAUCAACUUUGCAUCUGCACAGUUAACAGUAUCGUCAGUCCCUUCGUCCUGCAUGACGUUGCAUUAGAAGCGGCGCAUUAUCUCUCCAGAAGCAAUCCGGCUCUUGUUCUACAGCAUCUAAGAUCCGCUCUGCUAGCUCCUCUCGUACAUAAAUGCCAGCAGAUGUACAUUCAGUGCAUGCAUCAGAAAUUGUACCAUCUGAUGUCUGGAGACUAUGAAGAUUUUGCGAAUGUCGUUUGCGCAGCGAGGGCAGCUUUUCAUAUCACUCCUGAUGGUCAUACACAAUUUAAGGAGUGGUUACAGUCCAUUAAAAGAUCACAGUCCUGCAAUAAAGAGUUGUGGGCGCAGAUCAAUGGGGCACUGCAGCAGAAUGGCAAAUGACACAGAGCAGAGCCAGGCGUGACGUGGCUCACUCCCCAUUCCCAUCCUCCGCCAACAACCCUCGUUCUUCAACAUCAACAUCCCUGCCAUCCUCAUCCUCAGAGCGUUGUAUGCGUUCACGGGCUGGCCACCCUUAACAAGCUCGCCUGGGACAAGAUCUCCAUUCCGUGCGUUGUCGAAGAGCCGCACCACAGCCAUUCGCACCGUAUGAUAACAGGCCCACCUCCACGGCCGGAGGUUCUUGAGAAUCCGAAUUCUCAAGAGGUCAACCCCAGAGACGAACAGUUCAGUUGAUUAUGCUAAGUUCGUAUUGUUGAAUUAGUAGUUCUCUAGAGCGGGCUUUGAAUGAGAUCCAGUGAACGAUCUCUUUAAUUAUCGCGCGUUUCCUGGUUCGGCUUCUUCGUGACAUUCGUAUCCGAUUAUCGCAAAGGUAUUCAUCGGAUCCUGUCAACAGGACCAUAUUCUAUUCCAUAGCGUGAUCGUUGGAGGUGGUGGCGUUCUUGGUUUAUUAUCUGGUCCCAAUCGUGUUGCCUUUAGUGUUAUCCAUGGCCCCGUAGCGUUGUACGCACGUCAAUCGUGCAAAAGGAAAAGAUUGAUGUAUGGCGGACAAUUAAUACUUAUUGCCUAUGGGUGCAGCUGUUCGUAUUGAUGAUAAUACUUUAGUGAUGUGGUGGAAAUCGUAUGUGCGAAAAUAUAGUUAUCAACACUCCCGUUGACAAUAACGGUAGAGUAAAAACACGAGGGAGGACGUUUCCGAUAUUAAUAAGUAAUCAAUCGUAUUACACACGUUUCUGUUCAUUUAAAAGUGUAAGUCGAUGAGUAAUUUAACGGGAGAAAAAAAAUAUAUUUCUUUUUCGUACUAUUGUUACGCAAGUGUAAUAAUUGACGAACUUAUACUUACAUUUUAAGAGUACAUUUUCAAAUGCACUGCCAUUACUGCUGUCAUUGUUGUGUUUCACUUAAUUACAUGCAGUUAAACAGGGCCACUGCGAUACACGUAGUAGUGACAGUGAAUUUCGAAACGUACCCAAAGUAUAUUGGAAUUAUUGCUAUCGUUUGUUUUCGACGCGAUCAGUCUCUAUGCGUAGCGGAAAAAGAACUACAAGAGAAUUGAAUAUUAUUAUGGCGUGAAAACGCGAAACUCGAAGUACGUGCAUAUUAUUUGCGUCCAAGACACUCUUAAUUAUGCAUUACGAGAGUAAUUGUAGUUUAUUAGAUAUCUCAUUGAUGAAUCUGCGAUCCAAGUACUGAAACGUUUGUAUCUUGAAUUCUUGGCUGAUACCGUAUCAUAAAGUUACUCGAUGCUCUUUCUUUGAUUACAAAAUAAAUGUAACACGCUGAGAACGUUUUCCGAAAUAACGCAAAAUUUAAAUACGACACUCAGGACUAACGUACGAACUAAAGUUGGCUCAUCAUAAAGAUCAUCAUAGGAAGAGCUCACUUCAGUAGAAGUACCUUUGUCUUGAUAGCCCAAAUAGUAUUUCAUUCCUUGCAGUACUAAUAAAUACUUGUAAUAUAUUCAGUUUUGUUUUUUAAUAGUAUAACGUGCUCGCACUAUUCCCCAACGCAGUUGGAGAAUUCCAUCGAUCUCGGUAUAGACUGAUGUAUUUACGUCUCGGAGCUUGAAUACGCGUACGCGAUAUUGCAGUGUGGGAAAACUGCCAAAAAAAAAAUAGUUAAUAUUAGAGAAUGCUGUACCGACAACGGUGUUAGUCACCGCUGUCUUGUGAAAUCAGAGUACGUAUUUGAGUUGUACGGAUGUGAGAAACACGAGAUAGUGAACGUACGGGCGUUUAAUUUGUUUAAUUAAUGAUAGCUCGAUGUAAUCUCGUAAUUAAUGUGAAACUAAGAGAGGGGCACCAUAGGAUGCAUUCACCAUUCUCUUCAAGGCCCGUUGCUUCGAGUUUACUUUACCUAUAUUUCUGAGAGCAUCUAGGUAUUUUAGUUAAGAGAAUGAUAUAUAAGAGUGAUAGAGCAAACGCUACGUUAAGUUUUAAAAUAUCCACGCAUCCGUCAUCGACCAUAUUUAGGUAUUAAGGUUGACGCGACCUCGAAGUGUUGCGAAAAAGAAAUCACACCGAGCAUUAUCCAUGAGAACCGGAAAAACCACGUAUAAUCAGCCAAUCAAAAUCCAAACCUGGAAAAGCACUCAUCUGUCACAAAGGGAAUCAUAAAACACGAAAUCAUUUAUUUUAGUUAGAAGGUCUUUAGCUUCAAUUAGAUAGGAAAUUUUAUUUCGAUUCUAGAUAGGAUGAAUUCUUGUGUCUUGUUUUAUUUUUCUAAACAAGUAACAAAUUUUAAUAUUAAUGACAUCUAUUUAUAUAACGAUACGGUCAAAUCCACAUAUAGAUGAUAUUUACUUAAUAUUAUAUCCAAAUUUUUAUAGGAGUAAAUUUUUACUUUCCUCGUGGCAAUCAACACUCUCCAUACCGAUCCACAAUAUUUUCUUUACGAUUACCACUUAUUUCUUAUACUUUAGUGUGAUAGAGAUACACAUAUUAUACACAAUCACAACAUAUUCGUUUGUCAUUACCGACAAUCCAUAAACAAAAUGAUCUCUGUAAUUUUUAAAUUAAAAUAAUUUGAAAUAUGAAUAAAGAAGUGAAAUUAAAGCUAACAUAUCACCUAUAAAUUUGAGCCACCCGUCCACAUCGCGAAUAUAGUACGAUCUUUAGCUUCCAUUACAUUUCAGUUAAUAAACACGAAUUUAAAAAAGUUCAACCCAAAAAUUCAGUUAGCACGUAAAGAAGUCAAAGUAAUAAAGUUAUUAAGCAUAUUAAAAGAAGUAUAACGAUGCCUAUGAAUUAUUUUGAUCUUGGCUGCUUGCGUUUGAUAUGAAUCAAGAUUCUCGUCUAAGUAUACAUAUAAUAUAAGUUUAGAACUUUCCAUUAAACCAAAUGAAAAUAUGGCAGAACGAUAAUGAUUAUAGUAGCCAAAUGCUUUGUAGAAUGGAAAUAUAAAACUUCUGUUCCUAAUUUCUAAAAAAAAAUGGUGGCUCUUGCGUGGUUCGUGUUUCAAUUCUCUACUAAUUGAUUAACCAAACCACAGCUUUAAUACUCCUCUUCUCAAUUAACAUAUUAAAAGAAAAUCAAUUAAUUCAACGUUUUUGCUUUCCCUUCUAAUCGAAUCUUAGGUUAUUAGAAUGGAGAAUAAGAUUUAAGUAUAAAAAAAAAACUUCCACAAUACGGUAAGGAACGAAAAGAAACUUUAUUUUCUAAUACCUUCUAUUCCGAGACAAUUGCGAAGCGUUGUAAUGAUAAUGUAAUAAUGUUAUUGUUUCUAGUAUGAACACUGAACAGUGCCUCGUCAAAAUCUGUGUGAACACUUUUUCAAGUCGAAAAUGUUCUAUAACGACAUUGUCUGCUGUCUGUAUUCGCCAGCGUUAAAUUAUAUCGUUAAGAGUGUAGUGAACAUACGUGACAUGCGACUCAAUGUCUGCAAAAGAGUUCGAAGUGUGCACUAUUUAAUAUCUUGGAUGAAAAAAAAAAUUAAUAGGUACGCAUUAAGUAAUGAAUAUUAACGAUAAGAAUUAAAAAUUAUCCACGAGUGAAUUCUUUUAGUUUUACACGCGUAGGUCAUGUCACAUGAAUACAACUUUUUUUCAUUUUUUUUCUCGAUAUUUCAUUAAAUCAAAAUACCGCGACGACGGAACGGACGCAAACUAUACAAAGCGACGCCAUCGCGCAUGCGCGUUACUUAUUUCUUUUAUUGUUUCGUGUGCCAAGACAAGCUGACUCUGAAUUUAUUUUCGAUAAUGCAGUCAUAGGUAAUAUAUUCUAGGCUGAGCGUGUGUGCACAUAGGAUAAAUAUUACUUACCGCCCUCGAAUGAUCUGAUACAUUUUGCCAACUGAUACACGAAGAGCAAUAUUACGAAUUAACACAUCCAUUUGACAUAGGUAUCCAUAUUGCAAACUUGUAAUUCACAUUCUCACUUACGUACGCGAAAAGGCUCGAGAAGCAUCAUUUAUUACGUAUUAUCCAAAGAGUAACAGUAGAUUAGUGUCGAGCUUAAAAGCUAAUAGUAGACAAGUAGAAGUUUAUAAAAACAGAGUUUGCACCAUCUUUGUAUGUUAUUUUGUGAUUAACCUUUCUCUGUCGUUCUUUUAAAAUACAUUAUUUUCAUAAAAAUUAAAUUUUUUUAAAUAAAAACGUCGAGCCUUUGAUUCCCGUAUGACAUACUCGUAGCGUUUUUAGAUAAGGAUUGUACAAAAUUGUCAAACUUUUCGUAAUACAAUUGUACGCUAGAAUACAGUAAGUUAAUUGUCAUUUCAGGUUAGAAGUACACUAACAGUGGUUCGAGCUUGUAAAAUAUUCCAAACGGCCCAGUAGCGUCUUUUCGAUAGUCUCUUGUGUGCGAAUUCUUUUAUUCUUAAGAUUGAUGGAAAAAAAAAAGAUAAUUGUCUGUAAACGUUGAAACUUGUUAGCCUAACUAGACAAAUAUGGAAAGGACUUAGUUAACGCAGGAAAGGAAAUUAUUGCUUGUAGAUCAUCCCUAUAUUCAAUGAUAAUUAAUGGUACGUUGUAAUACUCGUGACGUAGCAUUUUAUAGAUUUCGAACGACCGAUUGAAAAAGAAGACAAAAAAUCGCAAACGAUUUUACUGUUUGAAGCAUACAUAUAUAUACUAACAUCAGAGACAAAAAAUGUGGCGUCUUGAUUAUACUCGCGUUUCUACCAAAAUCUGCCUAGAAAAAUUAAUUCUUUCCCUGCAUUAGUCGAUAUAAAGCGGAAAAAAAAGAUGGGAGAAAGCAUGUGCGAGAGAGAAGAGGAAAAUGAUAAAAAGAAUAUAUUUUUACACUUGGUCAAAAAGCUGAAGAAAUUUUCUGCAAAAAAAAAAAAGUAAAUAUGAAGCAAAAUGAUAGUACGAAAUUAGACGUUCAUCUAGAUUUAUUGUAAAUUGAACUUAUAGUACUGCAGAAACGCGAGGUUCCGAGGUGAUGAAAAUUAAAGGCCCUACGAGACGUAUUUGUUAAACAGUAUUCAAAUUCUAUAAAAUAACAUAUUUUUUCUUAACGAUUAUAUUCGUACUUGAUCCAUUAAAAUACUAGUAUCACAAGUUUCCAUUUAAUCGGGAUAAAUGACGAUCAAGUGUGUCCAUAUUGGGAAAAUAAUUAUCAAUCACGACUCGUGGGGUCUUUUACAAUACAGCUCUCGAUACUCCAAUAUUAAAUAGUCAUACAGCGCCAAGUGAUGUAACUCCAAAGAUUUUGAAACUCAAAGCACAACAACAAAUAGUUCAGGUGAAUUAGUAAUUUCGAAAAAUUCUACACAUGGAUUUACAAAACUUGAAGCUGUCAAAGGUUCACCUUAAUUACUAUACUCUUAUAUUUAAGAUUUAAGAGGUAGCCGUACUACGGUUCAAGAGAUUUUUUAUUACCCCAUCGCACACUAUAAAAUGAAAAAGAAAAGAAAAAAAAAAUUAAACUUUAUUCCAUUGCGAAAUAUUACGUUGACACCUUAUUUUAUAACGAAUUUAAUUUCACUAUUAGUCCGUAUAAAAACUGCGUCCCCGUUCUAGACAUUUCACGUUAAUGCAGAUAAAUUAUAUAAUGGAGCAUGUGCAAUGUGCUCCGCCGUUCCUCGGCGAUUGUCGUCGACAUAGCAGCAGACAGUUUGAACCAAUACAAAUUUGCGAAACGAUAUACAUUCGAACAUUGUGCUGAUUAAAUAUAAACGGAUAUCGUUUUUUGCAUACAGUACAGAAAAAAAUAAACGGAUGAAUGCUCACGGGACGAAAAAUAGACCGAGUUAGGUUCGCGAUUUUUUUAUAGCGUGUUUAAUAGCGUGCGUUUUUUAUACGUCGCAGGAUUUUUAAUAUUUUGCUAAUACAUUUAUUCCGGAAUAUGUGCAGCUGAUUAAAGAAAAGAAUAGGCGUCUCGUCUAUGUUAUCGUAGUUUCGCCAUAUUGAGAAAUCGAGACGUAUGAUCAUGUCGAUGAAAAAAAAAA